GAUCACUUGGGAAGAACCGAUCACUUUGGGAAUCCACUUGGGAAACCUCAUCUCACUUGGGCGGCUUCCUUCCUCCUCUCUUCAGGGAGGGAGCUGCAGCUAGCGCGGCGGCAGGAGAAGCUUGAGGCCGGGUUCGCUGCACUCACCCUCCGACCGCUCAGUCAAGCCAGAUCAAUCGCCCUCAUGGACCGGCGCGACUACUACCUGUUGUUCUCGAGGGCACUUUGCACUCUGUUCGCGGUCGGGUCCUUCAUCGUGGAGCCGCUCCCUGCUCGGAACACCUUCAUCACGGAGGCCUUCCUGUCUAUGAAGUUGUCGAUGCUCCUCGCGGUGUUCGCCUGCCCGAUGUUCCUGCUCCACCACGUCGGUAACCUCCGCCACUGGGACUGGGCGGUGGAUGGACCGCAGGGGCACUUCUGCUACGCGGUGGCCAUCACAGAGGCGCUCCUGUGGCCUGUGUACUGGGGGGCAGGUACGGCGGUCCUGGGUGUCCUCACCGAACCCACCUUCAGGACGUCGUGUGUCGGCGAGUACGCAGCCACCUGCCGGAGGUACGAGGUGGCCUGCGGCCUGGCACUGGCCACGGGGGCGCUCUGCUGCUCCAACACGUUGCUGCUGCUCUCUCACCGGAUGAGGUACGGGCCGCACCUGCUUGCCGUUCCUGGGGUCGGCCCAGUACCAGGAGCUCAGUGACUGACCGAUCAGAGUUCUUGUGGGAUCGAGAUCGAGCGACGUUCGUAUUAACCCGAUGAUACUCAUAUAUAUUGUGGCUGUGGUGUGCUAGCGUAUUGUAUGACAUACUCGUAUAGAUUGUGGCUGGGGUGUGCUAGUGUAUUGUAUGAUAUACUCAUAUAGAUUGUGGCUGGGGUGUGCUAGCGUAUUGUAUGAUAUACUCAUAGAGAUUGUGGCUGGGGUGUGCUAGCGUAUUGUAUGAUAUACUCAUAUAUAUUGUGGCUGUGGUUUGCUAGUGUAUUGUAUUGAGGACGAGGGCUUCCGCAUUGUUA